AUGCCUUUCGGAAUAAUUGAUUGCAAGAAACUGGAGGUUGUUCCAGGGACAUCAUUCAUGAGCGACCAAGACGACCUACCACCAGAAUAUGCUGACCUACCUCGCGAUCGAUUGAAGCAUGGAAAAGGACGAUUCGCGCACAUCAUUCUGAUCCCUCAGCCAUCAGAUUCACCUAAUGACCCUCUCAAUUGGCCACAGUGGAAGAAGGAAUUGAUAUUGUUGAUAGUCAGCCUUGCAGCAGCAGUCGUCGGCGCCUUUGGCCCAAUGCUGGGUCCUGGAUUUGUCGAAAUUUCUGCACAGCUCAACAUCACAGUGGAGAUAAUCUCGCAGGCGACUGCGUGGUUGAUUCUCACCAUUGGCCUUGGACUCUUCAUCACAAAUCCCCUGGCUAAGCUAUUUGGCAAGCGGCCGAUUUAUAUUCUCUCCAUUGUCAUCAUGUUUGCGUGCAGUGUCUGGGGAGCUGAAGCAGGUGAUUAUAACUCGUUCCUCGCAAGCAGAGUCAUAUCCGGGAUAGGCAUGGCUCCUUUUGAGGUAUUGGUACAAUGUACGAUCGGAGAUCUCUACUUUGUCCAUGAGAGAGCAACCAGAAUUGCUGUAUGGAACCUCUUCUUACUCACAGGUAUUUCAGGUGGGGCUCUUGUCUCAGGAUAUAUAAUCGAAUAUGAUGGUUACGAGUGGACUUUCUGGGUUUGCGCGAUAUUCUUCGGCGCCCUCAUGUUCGGAAUAGUCUUCUUUGUACCAGAGACUUCUUACCGCCGUGAUGCAGUCGUGCUGGUCCCAGGUCAUGCCACCGUGGACAGUGAGUCGGAAAAACCGGGGCUAGGACAUGCGCACAUGAAGCUUGGCCAUGACCAUGAUCUAUCUCACCUGGCCGAAGGAAAAGAUCAAGAUCUCUCGUACAUCCCAUCCAGGGGUGCCGUCGAGAAGAAGCAUACAUUCAUGCAGUCGUUGAGAGUUUUCACCGGGAGAUACAGCUAUGCGCCAUUGUACAAGGUUUUCACACGCCCGGUGGUCCUCUUCUUCUAUCCAGCCAUAUUCUGGGCUUUUCUCGUGUAUGGCACAACGCUGACCUGGAUCGUCGUAUUCUCAGUGGUUAAUGGAGUCCUGUUCCUGCAAGAGCCGUACUCGUUCACUGUCUCACAGGUUGGAUUGAUUAGUUUGUCGCCCUUCAUCCUGACGCUCUUGGGGGAGAUCAUUUCGGGUCCCCUGAAUGACUGGAUCUGUGUUUAUUUGACCAAGAAGAAUAAAGGCAUCUACGAGCCUGAAUUUCGUCUGGUCCUGAUGGUAGUCGUUGCUAUCUUGGGCACCGUCGGUUUCUUCGGCUUCGGAGCGACUGUGCACUACGGAACUCACUGGAGUGGGCCCGUCUUAACAUUUGGACUUGCGAACAUGAGUUUGGCAUUUGCAUCGACCUGUGUCUUUGGUUAUGUGAUUGAUUCAUAUCCCAAGUUGAAUGAGGAGGCAUUUGUGGCCAUUAAUGCCAGAAACCUUUUAACCUUUGGUCUUACCUACUUCGUCAACAAUUGGUUGGCCGAGGAUGGUCCCUUGGAGGUCUUCUGCAUUCUCGGUGGGCUCUUCUUAUUCGUCUGCUUCUUGACAAUUCCACUAUGGGUAUUCGGAAAGAGGGUUCGCUCACGUAUUGGACGUAACAAGUGGCUGCAGAGAUUUAUGAAUGAUGACUAA